GUAUCGAAGAGAGUCACGUUUUCCAUUAGUCCGUGCACCACCACGAGUCCAACCUGUUAGUUAGCGCUGUGAUACAUGGACUCAACUCGAGCAGAGCAGCGAUAAUAUGCCGGCCACAACGCAGAACAUUUCCCAAGAACGCUUCGCGAGUGAAGGCUCCAAGGGACGGAACAUACCGUCUAACGCUGAAGAUCACGCCAAGAUGCAACUCUUCAAUGUACAAGGCUUGGUAGUGUCGAAGAAUCAGUAUACUAGAGAACAGAUGAGGAAAGUUCUCUGGUUCAAGCCGUUGGAAAAAGAUAUCUAUGUUGGGUCGUUCCCGCGUGCCGGCGGAAGCUGGGUGCAAUAUAUCAUUUGGAGUCUGCUGAAGGGGACAGAUAAACCUCUCCCAACACUGAAAGAGAUGCGGAGCCUUUAUUUCCCAUGCAUCGAACAGGUGGACCCGGACGUUGUAGAUCGCCACUUAACUAAGAGAGAUGAGGGUCGCUUGAUUCAUCACCACCUGCCGAAAGCUUUCGUUCCCUCCGAGGUUCAGAAGAACAUUUAUAUACUGAGGAAUCCGUACGAUGUUUGCGUGUCCUACUAUCAUCAUCUGAAAGUGAACGGCAAAUACGAUGCUGCCUUCAGUGACUUCUUCGAAUGCUUCAUACGGGGCGAGGUGCCGUUCGGGGACUACUUCGAUCACAUCGCCGGCUGGUAUGAAGCCCGGAACGAGCCCACCACGAAAGUUCUCCUCUACGAGGAAUUGAUGGCGAACCCUGUCAGGGCGAUCGUUGAAAUUGCCGACUUUAUCAAAGUAUCAGUCAGUCCCGAAGCAGUCACGGCCAUAGCUACUGCAACGAGCUUAGAAUCUCUUCGGAGGAACGAAACCGAAACUGUUUCGGUAGAACAUUACCGUUACGCGAGGAACGGCGACUGGAAGAGAUUGAUGACAGACGAACAGAAAUCUCGUCUCGAUGUCCUCGUCGAACGCUUCCGAUUUACAGAUAUGUACAGAGUUUGGGCCCAGAACGCGUUCAUCUAACGCGCAUCGGGAUUCUCAUGUUACAUCAUCCCUCUCGACUGGGAAAGGAAAAGCAUGGCCGGGAGUAGGACGACCGCCCCUCUUCACAUUCUCCACGCGGCGCAUGUCAUGCUUCGAUAAUUAUGCAGACUCAUCUCCGAAGUUCAAUCCCAAAUAAAGCGUUCUCACUCACU